AUGUCUGAUGUCCAUGGUAUUGGUAUGACAUAUGUCGAUGAUAUUGGCAUGUCAGAUGUCGAUGAUAUUGGUAUAUCAGAUGAUGAUGAUAUUGGUAUGUCAGAUGAUGAUGAUAUUGGUAUGACAGAUGUCGAUGAUAUUGGUAUUACAGAUGUCGAUGAUAUUGGUAUGACAGUUGUCGAUGAUAUUGGUAUGACAGAUGUCGAUGAUAUUGGUAUAUCAGAUGUCGAUGAUAUUGGUAUGACAGAUGUCGAUGAUAUUGGUAUAUCAGAUGUCGAUGAUAUUGGUAUAUCAGAUGUCGAUGAUAUUGGUUUUGAUGACGAUGAUAUUGGUAUGACGGAUGACGAUGAUAUUGGUAUGACGGAUGUCGAUGAUAUUGGUAUGACGGAUGAAGAUGGUAUUGGUAUGUCAGAUGAUGAUGAUAUUGGUAUAUCAGAUGUCGAUGAUAUUGGUAUGACAGAUGUCGAUGAUAUUGGUAUGACAGAUGUCGAUGAUAUUGGUAUGUCAGAUGUCGAUGAUAUUGGUAUGACGGAUGACGAUGAUAUUGGUAUGACAGAUGUCGAUGAUAUUGGUAUAUCAGAUGUCGAUGAUAUUGGUAUGACAGAUGUCGAUGAUAUUGGUAUGACAGAUGUCGAUGAUAUUGGUAUGACAGAUGACGAUGAUAUUGGUAUGUCAGAUGUCGAUGAUAUUGGUAUAUCAGAUGUCGAUGAUAUUGGUAUGACAGAUGAUGAUGAUAUUGGUAUGUCAGAUGUCGAUGAUAUUGGUAUACCAUUCACAGCUUUUUCAAGAAACAUUUUUUAUUUUAUUGAUGUUGUUCAUAACGUUCAUAAAUGA